AUCCAUAAAUCGUGCAAGCACACAGGAUUAUAGCGACAAAGAUCUACAAAUCGAGGCUUUAAAAAUCCAAGCAAAUGAGCUCUUACUUUGUAAACUCGUUCUCAGGGCGCUAUCCAAAUGGCUCCGACUAUCAGUUACUAAAUUAUGGGACUAACGGCGCUGUGAGCGGCUCCUUCAGAGACCCUGGCACCAUGCACUCCGGGUCUUUCGGCUACAACUACAAUGGCAUGGACCUAACCGUGAACCGCACCAACAACGGCAGCCACUUCGGGGCAGUGAGAGAGGAUGCCCGGGGAUUCGCGCCGGACGCCCGCUACAGACAGACUCCCAACUGCUCGCUCUCAUCUCCAGAUCCGGUGCCGCCGUCGUGCGCCACGGCCAGCCGGGAGCAGCUGGAACUAAAAAGCCCCUCUCCUCCUUCUGACCGGAGCUCGACCUCGAGCGGCAACAAUCUCAACAAAAACAACAACGCUCAUUUCACGGAGAUAGAGGACGCCACCGUCGCCUCCGAGACCGACGAAGGCGCACACAGCAGCGGCGGCUCCAGCACGGCACCUCGGGCGCAGCAGCAGCAACAGCAACAGCAACAGCAGCAGCAGCACCAGGACCCCAACGCAACCUCUUCCACUCCCACAUCAAAUGAUUGCCAAUCGCCACAAAUAUUCCCCUGGAUGCGGAAACUGCACAUAAGCCAUGAUAUGACUGGACCUGAUGGGAAAAGGGCCCGAACCGCGUACACCCGGUACCAGACGCUAGAGCUGGAGAAAGAGUUUCACUUCAAUAGGUACCUAACCAGGCGGCGGAGGAUAGAGAUAGCCCACGCCCUGUGUCUUUCCGAAAGACAGAUCAAAAUCUGGUUUCAGAACCGCAGGAUGAAGUGGAAGAAGGACAAUAAACUGAAAAGCAUGAGUCUGGUAACAGGAGGCAGCGCCUUUCACAACUGAAUAACUUCUGGGGGAGAGUAAAAAUAAAAAUAAUAAUAAUAAUUAAGAAAAAAAAGAAAGGAAAAAAAGAAUCCAUGAGUACUGUAAAGCUAUUUGAAAGCGCAGCACCUUCCAGCAUGCUAUUGUGAUAGAAAAAGAAGUAUCCUGUGGUCUUAAAAAUGCCAUUUUUAGUUUCCUGUUGUUGUACUAUGAUAGCUUAGAUGUGGAAGAUAAGAUGUAAAUAUUAUUGGGGGUAUUCAUUUUCCAUGCUUUCUGCUCUCUCUCUUUCUCUCUCUCUCUCUGUCUCUCUCUCUCUGUCUCUGUCUCUCUCUCUCUUGAAGGUGUUUCAACUUGAGCUCUUUAUUGUGACUUCUUGACGGUCUAACAGGAGUAAAUUCAUUGUACAGUUAAAAAAAAGUUUCCAAACCAUAUGCUGCUCUUCAUUGAAUGUAAACCUAAUGUAUUCCGGGGCCAUUCAAAGCGCUUUAGUGUAAGUUUUACUGCUAUUUUUGAUGGUUAUCUUGUGGUCAGCUCCAUAAAGUUUCAAGCCAAUGUGUAGCUUUAGGAUAUUUUG